AUGUUCAUCGCUCAAUCCGCUAUUAUUCUCUCUUUUAUUGCUUCGGCAUUUGCCCAUGGCUCCCGUGUUCACGGUCGUCGACAACAGGCAUCGAUCAGUCGCUCUUUUACUGGCGCACCCUAUCCGACUGGCCCUGGAUUUGAUGUCCCUGCACUCAAGGAUAUCACAGCGAGCAGUGCUCCUGAGCCGACGGUUCCUCUGCCAGUCACGUUUCCUCCUGGUAGCACACCGCUCCCCCUCGGUGCGGGUGCAGUAGGACUUCCCGAUAACAAGGUCCCUCCAGUCGACUCUCCUGAAGUGAAGGCUUGGUUGGCCGAUAUUCAGGGAGCAACCAUCCCCACACUUGCAGCGACAAAAGAUGGCUCUUGCGAAUCUGACCCUGCAUUUGCUGACAAAGCAGGUAGUGAUGGUCGGUGCUGGUGGACGUGCGGAGGCUGCACCCGUGAGACGGAUAUUGUCAAUUGCCAAGACAAGGAGCGCUGGGCCAUCACAUUCGAUGAUGGCCCAUCCGAGUAUACUCCCAAGUUGCUGACCUAUCUCCAAUCCAUCGACACUCUGGCGACAUUCUACGUAGUCGGAUCGAGAGUAAUCUCUCAUCCAGAGAUGGUUCAAACACAGCUUAUGAUGGCUCUCACUACCUUGACCAAUGAACAAGUCGUCGCAGAGCUAGGAUGGUGCCGCAAGGCGAUCAAGGAUGUUACUGGAGUAACACCCCUCACUUUCCGUCCUCCCUUUGGAGACAUUGACGAUCGUGUCCGAGCCAUUGCCUUGGCCAUGAAUCUUACUCCAGUCAUCUGGACCGAAGUCGAUGCCACUCACAAAGUGGACACUGAAGACUUUUUGGUUCCUGGCGGCAUCGAAAAGGCAGAGGACACAAUCUCCCAGUUCAGAAACACUCUCUCGCUAGUAGAGUCCGAUUUCGGCACUGGUAUCAUCAGUCUUGAACAUGACUUGUUCCAAGAGACUGUGGAUCUGGCUAUCGGGUUUACAUUACCUGAUGCUUUGACUCGACCUGGACCAGAUGAACGCGGAUGGACAUUGGGAAAUGUUGCACAAUGUCGCGGACAGCGCCCCGGAGAUGCAUAUCAAGAGACGACGACUGAUCCAGCUGUACUCGAAAGACUUGGUCGAACCCCACCAUCCCCUCCAUCCAACACAUCUGCGGUGCCUCCCCAGCAAUCUACAACUACAGCACCGGCAUCUUCAGCUGAAGUCACACGACCAGUUUCUUCAGAAGCCCCAUUGUCUACUCCACCGACCGUAUCGACGACCAGGGGUUCACCAGUGUCAAAUGAAUAUACGAGUACUCCGGCUACCGCUGUGGUACCUCCCUAUACGGCUGUAGAACCUUCCUACACGCCUGGCUACACGGGCGACCUCAAUAGUGAUGCUCCUGUAACCAGUGCCCAAGCACCAUAUCAAACCGCUAUUGUCCCUCCUCAGGCCGGCACCGAGAGCGAUGCUCCAGGAGAAGAACCAGAAUCCGCCAUUGCAAGCGGAACCGCCGUGUACGAUCAAACUGGUGCUCCUACAGUCGGUCUAACUGGGGAUGUAAUCUUCCCGUCUGGGGGAGCACAAAACCCAAUUCUGUCUGCAAACCCACAAGCUAGUUCGGGACAAGGUAGCCAGCCUGCAUCUGUACCCACUACCACAGCCAGCUCAGGCUCGGCGAAUAAUGACGGAGGCCUGAGCUUUGGUUUAACCAACUCUAGUCCGCUGCCUAAGCGGGCAAAUCCAUACUUGGCCACCACCUCUUCCUCCGCUUUGGGAUUUAGACUCUUAGAGACUUCAAAAAUCAUGCCUCAAGCUGAAGAGACACUCUUGAUUGAUAAUUAUGACUCGUUCACCUUCAAUCUGUAUCAAUCACUUUGUAACCUCGGAGCCCAAGUUCGCGUCGUCAGAAACAGCGAGCUCAAGCCCUCUGAUCUACCAAAUCUCAAGAUCAAAAAUUUGAUCAUUUCUCCGGGGCCAGGUCACCCCAAGACGGACGGGGGUAUCUCCCAGGAGGCGAUCAGAUACUUUUCCGGAAAAGUCCCCGUAUUAGGCGUAUGCAUGGGACUCGAAUGUCUCGUCGACGCUCUAGGCGGUGAAAUAUCCUAUGCUGGAGAAAUCAUGCACGGGAAGACCAGCAAAAUCCGCCACGAUGAGCGUGGAUGUUUCAAGGAUCUACCUCAAGCCUUCUUAUCCACUCGAUACCACAGUCUCAGUGCACAUAUCAAGUCCCUACCCGAACAACUCGCCAUCUGUGCCUUCACCGAGGAAAGUGGAGUGGUGAUGGGAGUUCGCCAUCGCGAGUACACUGUCGAAGCUGUGCAAUACCACCCCGAAAGUAUAAUGUCAGAGUACGGUAACGAAUAUUUGAAGAAUUUUCUGUCUUUAAAGGGAGGUACCUGGGACGAAAAUCCUAGUGCAGGUGUCCUGGACACUCAGCUACCUCCCUUUGCCUAUGAGCCCAACGGUAUUCCUAUGGCCGCAAAACUACCUUCCAUCUUAGAUGCCAUUCAAAAGCAGAGGUUGGAGGAUAUUGCCCUUGCCCAAAAGACACCAGGCACGACCCUCGAAGAUUUACAAGCCUCCCUCGACCUUCAUCUCGAUCCGCCACUGAUAUCUUUUGUGGAUCGUCUCACUCAAGGGGCCGUCCCAGCUCUUAUGGCCGAGAUCAAAAGAGCAUCCCCCUCCAAGGGAGCCAUAUCCAUGCAAACAAAUGCACCCAAACAAGCCCUCAAGUACGCGUUAGCUGGCGCGUCCGUGAUCUCGGUGCUCACAGAGCCCAAAUGGUUCAAAGGAUCACUGCUUGAUAUGCGACUUGUACGUCAAGCUGUUGAUUCUUUGCCCAGUCGUCCCGCAAUCUUGCGGAAAGAUUUCAUUCUCGACGAGUAUCAAAUUAUGGAGGCGCGGCUUCAUGGGGCGGAUACGGUCCUCCUCAUCGUCGCAAUGCUACCCGUGACCCGACUCACUCGUCUAUUCAACUAUUCUCGAUCGUUGGGGAUGGAGCCCUUGGUAGAGGUCAACAACGCUGAAGAAAUGGCCGCAGCACUGGAGCUUGGUGCAAAGGUGAUUGGCGUGAACAACCGCAAUUUACAUACGUUCCAAGUAGAUAUGGGUACCACCACUCGCUUGGCGGACAUGUGCAAGGAAAGGGAUGUCAUCCUUUGUGCUCUUAGUGGCAUCAAUGGCCGAAAGGAUGUCCUGGACUACCUUGAUCAAGGCGUCAAAGCUGUCCUCGUAGGAGAAGCGCUAAUGAGAGCUCCUGAUACGAGUGCUUUCGUACAAGAGCUACUCCAAAUACCGCCUACUUUGCCUGUCAAAUCCCCGAAACCACUUGUCAAAAUAUGUGGUAUUCGUUCACCAGAGGAGGCACUGAUCGCCGCUGAAGGAGGUGCUGAUUUCAUCGGGCUUAUCUUUGCGAAUAGCAAGCGAAGAGUUUCAAUAGAAACUGCGAUAGAAAUAGCUACCGUUGUUCAAACGUAUAGAGAUGAGACGACCGUCCCUCACCCUCAGUCUAUAGAUCAAAAUCUACCUUGGUUCGCACACCACGCUCAAGCAAUUCAACAACUCAGAAAACCCUUACUCGUCGGCGUAUUUCAGGAUCAGCCUUUGGAGGAGGUCAAUGCCGUCGCCGCCGCUGUGCAUCUCGACCUUGUACAACUACAUGGCUCCGAACCCCUAAAUCUGCCCUCAUACAUCUCGACUCCAGUGAUUCGGGUAAUCCACGCAAAGCCAGAUGAUACCGCCGAGACACUCGGCUCAAUUUCACGCCCUGGAUUGCAUAAUUUUGUGAUGUUGGAGGCAGUGAAACCCGGGGAGAAAGUCUCAGGUGGAUCAGGAAUCACUGUCAACCUGGAGCUUGCCAAAGAGCUCAUCGAGCAGGGUGAGGCGAACAAACACUCCCGGUUGCCAUUAUUCUUGGCGGGUGGUCUAACCCCAGAAACUGUUGCUAAAGUCGUCAAAGCUGUAGAGCCUUGGGCGAUAGAUGUCAGUGGAGGAGUGGAGACAGAUGGGAGAAAGGACCCUCAGAAAAUUCGGAGAUUCCUUGAACUAGCCAAGGCUUAA